AUGGCGCUAACUUCCUACAUCUGCUUCAAUUGCAGGCUCACAUCCAGAAAUGGAAUAGCCCGAGCCCCAUUGCGCAACUUUUCGGCCGGUCGGCGCUAUCGUGACGUGUUGCGACCCGCAACAGCUCCGAAACCUACGCCGGAUGUCAAGCACAUCCGCCAGAAUGCAGACCUCUACGCAACCAAUUGUAUAGAUCGCAAUUAUGCAGCACACGCCGACUAUCCAUCGAAGAUUCAGCAGUUAUCCGAAGAAGCUAAACAACUCGACCAUGACCUGAAAGAUCCGCGGUCCCGCAUCAAGCAAUUAGAAAAGACGAUUGCCAAGUUGCAUAUCGCGGCGCGGCAAAAUACAGAAAGCCAAGACGAACAGAGCGUGAGCGAAGAGAUUGCCGCGCUAAAGUUGGAAGCCCAACGAUUGAAAGACAACUCCCAGGCCAUGACCGAGCGCAAGGCAUCAUGCACAGAAGAGAUCAACCGACUCGCCCUCGCCCUACCGAAUCUUUCCUCCGCAUUCACACCCAUCGGACACAACCCCACUCUCGUAUCAUACAUCAACUUCAACCCACACGAGCGUCCAUCAUGGACAAGGCAGUCCCCGGAAGAGCUCCAGGCGCGGUCCCACGUCACAAUCGGAACAGAGCUGAAACUCCUGGACUUCGCAAGCUCUGCCACAACAACAGGGUGGGGCUGGUACUUCCUGAUCAACGAGGGAGCCAUGCUGGAACAGGCACUAGUCCAAUACGCCCUGCAAGUCGCCCGACGCCGCGGCUGGAAGACCGUCGCACCACCAUCAAUCGUGUAUUCUUACAUUGCCGAAGCAUGCGGGUUCCAGCCACGCGACCAACACAACGAGCAACAGAUCUGGUCUAUCGAGCAGAACGAGCGCGAUCGCGAUAGCAAGCCCCAGCGCUCGCUCACCGGGACGGCCGAAAUCCCCCUCGCGGCCAUGUAUGCCGGCCGGGACAUCCACGCCGCCGAGCUGCCCAUCAAACUGGUCGGUGCCAGUCGCUGCUACCGCGCCGAGGCAGGUUCUCGGGGCGUCGACACAAAAGGUCUCUACCGCGUCCACGAGUUCACCAAGGUCGAACUAUUUGGCUGGACGGAUAGUCUCAGCUCGGCAGAGUCAUCCUCCCCAGUCCCUACAUCCGAUGACCUCUUCAACGAGCUCCUAGAAAUGCAAACACAGAUCCUUACCUCUCUCCAUCUCCCCUGUCGAGUCCUUGAAAUGCCCACUGGUGAUCUGGGCGCCAGCGCAACUCGCAAGCGUGACAUCGAGGCUCUUUUCCCCUCUCGGCUACGUCCUGCCGCGUCUACCGGCACUCCGGUCGACCCGCAAAUUCAUGAUCUGGAAUCUGCCUGGGGCGAAGUUACCUCCGCUUCUAUCUGUACAGAUUACCAAAGUCGUCGACUGGCAGCGCGUGUGCGUGGUGGCGCGACGAAGGAAUCGCGCUUCCCGCAUACGGUCAAUGGCACUGCUAUGGCUGUUCCGCGUGUGCUUGCUGCCAUCUUGGAGAAUGGGUGGGAUGCCGAGCGAGGAGUUGUUGUCAUUCCUGAGGUUUUGCGUCCCUGGAUGGAUGGGAUGGAGACGAUUGGUCGACGCUAG